AAACACGUCUCAAAUAAAACUUUUUAAAAACACCCAAAUUAAUAAUCAAAGCAAAAAAUGAACGUCUCAAAAACAAUUUUAUUUUCAUUAUUUUUCUUAUUUUUUGUUAUUGAUGCAAAUGCAUCGAUUACCAAUUUCCUUCAAUGUCUUCCUUCACGCUCAACCUCGCCACACCCGAUUACUAAUUCCACGUACACUCCAUCAAAUGCAUCUUUUUCGACAAUUCUUCAAAAUUACAUAAGAGAUAGUAGAUUUAACACUUCCACAACCAUGAAACCUCUAGCCAUAAUCACAGCCUUGGACGUGUCACACGUCCAAGCAACUGUUUUAUGUGCAAAAGUCAAUAACGUACAAAUUAGAAUCAGAAGUGGAGGGCAUGAUUUUGAAGGUCUUUCGUAUGUCGCAAAAGAUCCUUUCGUUAUCCUAGAUAUGUUCAAUCUUCGAGCUAUCGAUAUCGAUAUCCCUAAUGAGGUUGCUUCCAUUCAGGCCGGAGCUACUCUAGGUGAACUUUACUAUAAAAUUGCCCAAAAAAGUAAGGUACAUGCCUUUCCUGCAGGGGUAUGCUUGACUCUUGGUGUUGGAGGACAUUUUAGUGGGGGUGGUUAUGGGAACAUGCUUAGACAGCAUGGUUUAUCAAUUGAUAAUAUAAUCGAUGCACAAGUUGUUGAUGCAAAUGGUAGAAUCCUUAAUCGUCAAAGCAUGGGUGAGGAUUUGUUUUGGGCAAUUAGAGGUGGUGGAGGUGCAAGUUUUUGUGUUAUUAUAUCGUGGAAAAUUAAAUUAGUACGUGUUUCAAAUAUAGUGACAGUUUUUAAUGUUCCAAAAACAUUGGAACAAGGUGCAACAGAUAUGGUUGUACAAUGGCAACAAGUGGCUACUACAAUUGAUAAAAAGCUUUUUAUAAGAGUUCAACCACAGGUAAUUCAACAAGGAGGGAGCAAGACUGUACAAGUUUCGUUCAUCGGGUUAUACUUAGGUCGCGCCAAUGCCCUUUUACCAUUGAUAAACAAGAGCUUUCCACGGCUAGGCUUACAACCAAAAGAUUGCUCAGAAAUGCCAUGGAUACAAACCACCUUAUAUUGGAAUGCCUACCCAACAGGCACUCCCUUAGAGCUAUUAUUGCAAAGAACACCAACCGGUCAACACUCGUACGCUAAACACAAGUCUGAUUACGUAAAAACACCAAUCCCAAAAACCGGACUAGAAACAAUAUGGAAUAAGAUGAUCGAACUACAAACGAAAGCAAAUAACAUUUUUUUGAUGCAAUGGAAUCCUUACGGUGGCAGAAUGAGCGAGAUUCCAGCAAAUGCAACGACGUUUCCUCAUCGAGCGGGAAAUUUGUUUAAGAUGCAAUACAUAACAAUUUGGCAAGAAGAUGGUGUGGAUGCUAUAAAUAGAAAUAUUGAAGUUACAAGAGAACUUUAUGAGACAUUUGCACCAUUUGUGUCUAAGAAUCCAAGGGAAGCAUUCUUGAAUUAUAGGGAUAUUGAUGUUGGGACUAAUGCAAAUGGGAAUUUGGGUUUUGCUUCUGAUUUUUUUAAAGAUAAUGUCAAGAGAUUGCUUCAAGUUAAGGCUAAAGUUGAUCCGAGUAAUUUCUUUAGGUAUGAACAGAGUAUUCCGGUUUUUGCUAAGAAAUUAUGAUCGAGCUAGGUCAAUUGAUUUUUUUUUUUAUUGAUUUUUAGCAUAUAAUGUAAUAAAUAAUGUUUUUUCAUUGUUUUUCAUUCCUAAUGUUUGACUAAAAACAUAAACUUGAAGCCUUUGACCUAGUGUUAGUGGCUGAUUGGUCGUUGUA